UCAAUCAAAGCAAUGCAAGUAAAAAUUAAUGAUUUUAAUUUAUAAAUUACCGUAUGUAUCAGAAUUUCAGCAAAAAUAAUCAAUGAAGUUAUUCUGUGUUUUUUUAAUUCCUAAUGUUUCGAACGCAAUCUGUUAUAAAAUUACUAAAAUAACGAUUAUCGUUUAAAAGAUGUUCUUCCAUGACUAUUGCAAUGUGAAAUUAUUACUUCUCUCUUAAUAAUAAUAAUAAUAAAAAAAAAAGACGUUUUCCUGUAUCAUGUCCCACCAUAAGAUGGGAAAAACAGAAGAAACAUAUGUUAUUGCUAAAUAUGAUUAUGCAGCACAGGGAAGUCAAGAAUUGGACAUAAAGAAGGGUGAACGUCUUAUUCUUUUAGAUGAUAGUAAACACUGGUGGAAAGUGCAGAAUGCAAAACACCAAUCUGGUUUUGUUCCUUCAAAUUACGUGAAACGUGAAAAACCAUCAAUAUUUGACAGUAUUCGUCGGAAAGUCAAGAAAAAGACCGAAGCAAAAAUGUCGCCAACUGCUUCACCAAUUGCAACAAAAGAGGUCAAUGUUGAUUCUCCGAGGAAUACCUCUGAUAAAACCAGUACUUAUACUGGUACUUCUGCUAUUGUAAAAUACAAUUAUGAAGCUCAGCAGCCAGAUGAGGUGUCUCUAUCGAAAGGAGCAAGGGUUUUGGUCAUGGAGAAGUCGAAUGAUGGCUGGUGGAAAGGUGAAUGUGAUGGCGUGAUUGGCUGGUUUCCAUCAAAUUAUGUUUUAGAGGAAGCUGAUGAUGCUAAUGAUAGUAGUCAUAACUAUACACCUGCUGGUUCUGCUAACAAUACUCUGCAGAGUGGUGGUUGUCUUGAUGUGGUUUUAGCUUUGUAUUCCUUUACCUCCCAAAAUGAAGAGGAACUGAGCUUCCAGAGGGGUGAACAUUUAGAGAUCAUCGAUAGGCCGGAGAAUGAUCCUGAUUGGUGGAAAGCUCGAAAUCAAAAGAAUGAAGUAGGAUUGGUGCCAAAGAAUUAUGUGCAAGUAGUUUGUCAUGGUAAUUCUGUUGAGACUUAUCCUGGUAAAAACUUCCCACUCUCCAGCAGUGCAGACAUUCUAAUGGAUAAUGGCAUUCCCCGCAAAGAAACAACAAGCUUAUCUCUGGGUGCCAGUGGUGGUUCCCCAGCAUUGUUUCGGAAUAAAUUUGGUAGCUUGCAAGAACGCCCAGAUCUGACUGGGAAAAGCUGGUAUUAUGGCAGCAUUACAAGAAGUGAUUGUGAUCAAAUGUUAAAUGAAUAUGCUGAGGAUGGUGACUUUAUUGUACGGGAUAGUGAGACAAAUGUUGGUGAUUAUUCAAUAUCUUUGAAAGCACCAGCAAGAAACAAGCAUUUCCGUGUCCAUGUUGAAGGACGGGUGUUUUGCAUUGGACAGAGAAGGUUUGAUACUCUGGAUGAUUUAGUAGAACAUUACAAACGAGCUCCUAUUUACACUAGUCCGAGGGGUGACAAACUAUACUUAAUAAAACCUUUUCAGAAAACAGCAAAGUCAUAAUGGCAAAUGACAUUUAAUGAAUUUAAAUUCAUCUUCUCCUGUUGAUAACAUCCCGUGUGCUCAAAAUGUGUGUACAUGCAGAGGUGCCAACUACCUAACAAAUCCCCAUUUCUAUCUCAGUAAGGUACAAAAAAAAUAAUAAUGGUGCUGUUUUGCCAUGUUUAAAAUCUGCUUAAUCUUUUAUAUUUUUUAAUCUACUUAAAAAGUUUACUUUAGUUUGUCUCUUAAUCUUUAAAUUUUUUGGACGUGCCAAAGGUAUAUGGUGAAGACCAAUUACAUAUUAAGGCUUUUGAUUUUGCAAGAGUAGUAUUAGAUUUAAUUCUCUUUAGAUAUUUAAUAUGGAAGAUGAUAAAUAUUUUUUAUAUAUUUUUAAAUAUAAUAAUGCUAUAAACUUAGUAUUAAAUUAAGUUUUAAGUACUUCCUGGAAAAUGACUUCAAAACAUGAAAAUUAAUUAAUAUUUUUUAAUGGUUCAGAAUUUUUAAAAAAUUCUGUUAAGAAGUUCACUCUCUAAGAUUUGAAGUCAAUUAUUACUUUUUUUUUCACUCUCUGCCUAUUAGAAAAGCAUGGAAGUGGCAAUUUUGACUUUUUCUUGUUUAUUGUAAUUCAUUAUUAAUAAAAAAAUAUUUGCCUUUAUAAUUAUUUCAAGAAAUCCCUAUCAUUACAAUUGUAUAUUUUUAAAAAUAUGUCUCUCCUUAUGUUCUGAUUAUGUCCAAUGAAAGAGGUUAACUUACAUCCAUAUUCACAGUAUUUCGAAGGUUCUAUACUACAUUUUUAUUUGCACCUGGUUUUCUUAGUUUUUCUGUUCAUCUUUUCUUUGAAAAAUGGCAAGGAUUUGUGACGUUGGCAUUUCUGCAUAUUUGCUUAUCUUCUCGAAUUCUGUACUAUUCAGCUCUGGUUACUAUGUUAGUGCCAUUCUGAUCUGAUUAGAAAAUGUAUUAUUUUGCUGUACUACCCUAUUUGCCACAAAGUGCCUUUAGUUUACUUUCUAUUGCCUUCCUUUUACUUGAUAUGUUAAAUUAUAAGCAAAUUACAAUUUAUUAUUUGUUAAAAUGGCACUUCUAAAUUUGCAAACCAGCUUUUUUAAGUUUUUGUUUCAUUUCCUAAUUACUAUAUUUUUUUAUGAAGUAAUCAAUCAAGCCUCCUUAAAUUCAACCAUUUUUAACAUGAGAGCUUAACAUCUGAACUCAGCAUGUUCUGUGUGAGCCUUAAAUCUUUUCAUGUUUCCUGUGAACAAGCAGUCAUAAAAAAAUUAUGCAUGAAGUUUUUCUGAGCAGUUUUCGUUACAAAGAUUUUGAGAGUAUUUAUGGCUAUGACACUUUUGUAUUUAUAUAUUGCAUUCCAAUACAUAUUUGCACUCCAUGUUUUAAAAUUUUUUUAUAGUGUUGAUUGUAGAGGUAAUUUUAUUUAGAAUAUAGUUGCAAGUCUUGUUUUGGUUAUCAUUGGAGAUCCUUGCA